GAGCCGCGCCUCGCUGUCACAUUCAUUGAAAAUCACGACACCGACCACCUUGACUACUGCCGCACCUUUUGCAAUGGGGAGCUCAACGGCGUCCUUCAGGGAUACGCAGUCAUCUUAACCCAUCCUGGUAUACCUUGCAUCUACUGGAACCACUUCUCUGACUACGGCGACUACUGCCGGCAAAAGCUGCAAGAGCUCUGCGACGUCCGGACUUCAAUGGGAAUUCACAGCACGAGCGGCCUCUACAUUGAUCGAGCUGAGAGAGGCCUUUAUACUGCAUGCAUAACCCCCAAAGACAGCUCAUGCCAACCGCAAACAGCGCGCGUUGCUGUAAAAAGGCUUGGAUUUGCCUCCCCGUUUUUUUAUCUCUCUCUUGAUUUCUUUUUAGAGCCGAAGAGCCGGGGAGUGAUGGAGAGACGGUGGAGCGGUCCGCGGAAAUUCAAGAAAAAAUCUCCCCUCUUUCCGGGCUGCAGAACGAACAAACCAGAUAUCAAGAACUAG